AUGUCUUUACGACACAAAAGAGCUUUAGAAAUAUUGCAAGAUCCCGAAUUUAAUAAUGGGAAGAAGCAGGACAACCCAUACUUUGAAUAUAAGAAAAACGAAGCUCGUAAAAAUGGCGUUAACUCUGGAUCAGUUAACACUGUUACUGAAUCAAGACUAGUUGGAACCGGCGGAUGUAGCUCUCCCAACGGAAAAAAACAAAAUAUUGGAAGUAUGUCUAGGAUUUACCCCAACUGUGACCAGAAGUCCGGGAAGGAAAGCUCGUCUCAUGCUCCCGUCAGCAAACAACCUACCAUAUACAAGAACAAUAAACAUGGUGGUAAAAAUUCUAAGCCAAGAAGAAUUCCCAACUCUGACAAUAUUUCUAAGAAAAAUGAUCGGCGACAUGAAUAA